ACUCAUGUCAACAGUCAACUUCAAAAUCUCAAUCAAAUUAUCGCUAAUUCGCUACGCUAUUGACCGGAACGAUAGAAGCGGCCAGCUGAUAAGAUAACAGCUAAAAACGGGUUUUACUAUAUAAUUUAAGAACAAUCUUGUUUCAAUUUACUAUAAAUAAGACUGAUGUAUUAAAAAACAUAAAAUAUUUAUUUUAUGACGAAAAAUUUUAAUACUUGAUUAAUUUAGAAACUUCAGUUGUAAUCACUUGAAACUUGAUACCUACUUAAUUAAACACCUGUCUAUAGCAGUUUACCAAUAUUCAUUUCUUAAGAAUUUUUGGUAGUGUGCGAUCUCGCCUAAAGCCAAUAUCAAUGGCUAAGGAUGUCGCAUUUAACUUUUCUGGGCAAGAAAGCAUUAAAAAUGAAAAAUUAAUAUAUCCAGCUGCAACCAGAAACCAAGAACCAAUUUUGCAAGUCUUGAAGAGGUUUCUUAUCUGUGAUGUUGAUUCUGUUGAAGAUGAAGAAAGCCCAUUAUUCUUGGAGAUAGCAUCUGGUUCUGGGCAGCAUGUGGCUCAUUUUGCUCCUCACUUCCCCGGAGUCAAGUUUCAACCAUCGGAAGUGGAUGACAGUUUACUAGGCAGUAUAACUUAUUAUGCUGAGAACUGUAAGACAAAAAACAUUCUUCUUCCUAAACAAAUUGACAUCUGUAAAAAAUUAUCCAGUUAUGGUUUUGAAGAAAAUAGUGUUGACUACAUGUACAGUGCUAACAUGAUUCAUAUUAGUCCAUAUGCAUGCACAGUUGGGUUAUUUGAAAAUGCUGGAAGCUUCCUAAAGCCAGAUGCACUGAUGAUUACUUAUGGACCUUAUAGCAAAGACGGUGUAAUUACACCCGAGAGCAAUGUUCAAUUUGAUGCAUCACUCAAAGCACGAAAUCCUGCUUGGGGUAUACGAGAUAUCACAGAUCUAGUCAAACUAGCAGAACAAAACAAUCUAACUUUAAUGGACACAAUCGAAAUGCCUGCUAACAACAAAACUUUAAUAUGGAAAAAGAAUUAAAUUACACAGCUUUUAUACUCUAUAGUUUAUACAGCAUUUUUAAAAAUUCAUGAUACUGCCUUUAUGUAUUCAUAAUAUACAGUAGUAUAAUAAUAUAUUAAAUAA